AGCGCCGAGCGGCCGAUCCGCGUCCGCACCCGGGCGCCGUCGCCCCGACCCCCGACGCCCCGACCCGCCGAGGCAGCCAGAUCUUUGCUGUGGCCAUCUGAGCCUGCAGGAUGUUUCACGGGAUCCCGCCCACUCCAGGCAUGGGAGCCCCUGGAAACAAGCCGGAGCUGUAUGAGGAGGUGAAGCUGUACAAGAACGCCCGGGAGCGGGAGAAGUACGACAACAUGGCGGAGCUGUUUGCCGUUGUGAAGACGAUGCAGGCUCUGGAGAAGGCCUACAUCAAGGACUGCGUCACCCCCAACGAGUACACCGCGGCCUGCUCCCGGCUCCUGGUCCAGUACAAGGCCGCCUUCCGGCAGGUCCAAGGCGCGGAGAUCAGCUCCAUCGACGAGUUCUGCCGCAAGUUUCGUCUGGAUUGCCCACUGGCCAUGGAGAGGAUCAAGGAGGAUCGGCCCAUCACCAUCAAGGACGACAAGGGCAACCUCAACCGCUGCAUCGCCGAUGUGGUCUCGCUCUUCAUCACGGUGAUGGACAAACUGCGCCUGGAGAUCCGUGCCAUGGAUGAGAUCCAGCCUGACCUGCGGGAGCUGAUGGAGACCAUGCACCGCAUGAGCCACCUGCCUCCUGACUUCGAGGGUCGCCAGACGGUCAGCCAGUGGCUGCAGACCCUGAGCGGCAUGUCAGCCUCUGACGAGCUCGACGACUCGCAGGUGCGCCAGAUGCUCUUUGACCUGGAGUCGGCCUACAACGCUUUCAAUCGCUUCCUGCACGCCUGAGGCUGUGCGCUGGGCCCUGGGCCCCGGGGGCAGGGAGGGCCACCGGCUCUGCCUGUGACUCCUGCGGGUGUGUCAGCCCUGGAGCCCCCGCCCUCGCCCUCCUCGCAAUAAAGGUGCUGUCUGACCUCCU